AGGCGGCGGCGGCCCGGCGGCGCUCCGGGAGUGAGCGGGAGGGCGCCUUCCCCGCCCGGGAUGUGAGGACCGAGCGGAGCCCGGGGCGGGGGGAGGGAAGGGAAGGGAGGCCGAGCCGGCAGGAAGGAAGGAAGGACGGACGGACCAGGAGGAGGAGCGGCGGAGGCGGCCGGAGCCGGAAGGCGGGGAGGGGCCGUCCGUUGGGCCCGAGGCGGCGGCGGCGGCGGCCGGGGCGAACCGCUCUCGUCGCCUCCCGGGGCAGGAGCUGCGGGGCCCGCGCCUCCUCCCCCCGGCGCCGCGGAGGGGGGAGGAGGAAGAUGGAGACCCACAUCUCGUGCUUGUUCCCCGAGCUGCUGGCCAUGAUCUUCGGCUACCUGGACGUCCGGGACAAGGGGCGCGCGGCGCAGGUGUGCACGGCCUGGCGGGACGCCGCCUACCACAAGUCGGUGUGGCGGGGGGUGGAGGCCAAGCUGCACCUGCGCCGGGCCAACCCGUCGCUGUUCCCCAGCCUGCAGGCCCGGGGCAUCCGCCGGGUGCAGAUCCUGAGCCUUCGCCGCAGCCUCAGCUACGUGAUCCAGGGCAUGGCCAACAUCGAGAGCCUCAACCUAAGCGGCUGUUACAACCUCACCGACAACGGGCUGGGCCACGCGUUUGUGCAGGAGAUCGGCUCCCUGCGCGCCCUCAACCUGAGCCUCUGCAAGCAGAUCACGGACAGCAGCCUGGGCCGCAUCGCCCAGUACCUCAAGGGCCUGGAGGUGCUGGAGCUGGGGGGCUGCAGCAACAUCACCAACACCGGUCUCCUGCUUAUCGCCUGGGGCCUGCAGCGCCUCAAGAGCCUUAAUCUCCGCAGCUGCCGCCACCUCUCAGACGUGGGCAUCGGGCACCUGGCCGGCAUGACGCGCAGCGCGGCCGAGGGCUGCCUGGGCCUCGAGCAGCUCACCCUGCAGGACUGCCAGAAGCUCACGGAUCUUUCUCUAAAGCACAUCUCCCGGGGGCUGACGGGCCUGAGGCUCCUCAACCUCAGCUUCUGCGGGGGCAUCUCGGACGCAGGCCUCCUGCACCUGUCGCACAUGGGCAGCCUACGCAGCCUUAACCUGCGCUCCUGCGACAACAUCAGUGACACGGGCAUCAUGCAUCUGGCCAUGGGCAGUCUGCGCCUCUCGGGGCUGGAUGUGUCGUUCUGUGACAAAGUGGGGGAUCAGAGUCUGGCGUACAUAGCCCAGGGGCUGGACGGCCUGAAGUCCCUCUCCCUCUGCUCCUGCCACAUCAGCGAUGAUGGCAUCAACCGCAUGGUGCGGCAGAUGCACGGGCUGCGUACGCUCAACAUCGGACAGUGCGUGCGCAUCACCGACAAGGGCCUGGAGCUGAUUGCUGAGCACCUGAGCCAGCUCACUGGCAUAGACCUGUACGGCUGUACCCGAAUCACCAAGCGUGGCCUGGAGCGCAUCACGCAGCUGCCCUGCCUCAAGGUACUCAACCUGGGACUCUGGCAGAUGACGGACAGUGAGAAGGUCAGGUGAGGGCGGCAGUACCAGCUCCCCUUGUCCUGCCCUGUUCAUCCUCCCUCCACCACCGCAGCCCCCCCUCACUCCACACGCACACGUAUACACAGACCAUGGCAGGGGAUGAGACGGGGGAGUGACAGGCCUCGGGUUCCUUUUCUCCUGUCUCCCCAGCACCCUGGCCCACCACAUGCCCUUCUCAUUGUAUCUGGGGGUCCCCCUGCUACCCCCCCUGUACUCCCCUCUUUCUCCCUGAGAAUGGAGAGUGACUCGGCUGCUCACCCACCAGCUCUGCAGGGGGCCGGAGGGCUGACCUACUGUAUCCCCACUGCGUGGUUUAAACCGCGGUGGGGUGGGGAGUGGCGAGUCCUUUCAGCCGUGGGUAGUUGGGGAAAAUGUCUGCCUUCGCUUAAGCUUUCAUUUGAAUACUGUGAUCUGGUUUUUAUUUUGAAAUAUAUAAAAAGCAAACCCAACUACAAAGGCCUUUUCACCUUUCUUCCACUUUGUAACUAAUCCCAGUCUCUUCUCCUUUUACAGAAAACCCUGCUAUUGAUGCUCAUUUCAUUUUUAUUGUCUUUCUCCUCUUUAAAUUUUUUUGAUGAAAUUUAAAAUCAUGGUCCCUUUUU